AUGUCUCUUUCCAAAUAUUUCAAUCCAAUUCCUGACGCUUCGGUCACUUUUGAUGGAGCCACCGUUCAAUUAGAGGACUCUCUCGGCACUGUUCAAAACGAUGGAGAGUCCAUAUCGGAAUCCAAAAACGUAGAUCAUUUAGAAAUUUGCGACAUCACUUUUCGUGCGAAUGAAGGUGAAGUCAUCUUAGUAUUGGGGAACCCAACAUCAGCGCUCUUCAAAGGUUUAUUCCAUGGUCACAAACAUCUGAAGUACUCACCUGAGGGGUCUAUUAGAUUCAAAGACAAUGAAUACAAGCAGUUUGCUGCCAAAUGUCCUCAUCAGAUCAUUUAUAACAACGAACAAGAUAUCCACUUCCCAUAUCUGACGGUGGAGCAAACCAUUGAUUUUGCAUUAAGUUGUAAAUUUCGUAUUCCUAAGCAGGAGCGUAUUGAAAUGAGAAACGUGUUACUAAAAGAAUUCGGGUUGUCGCACGUAAGGAAGACAUAUGUCGGGAAUGACUACGUUCGUGGUGUUUCUGGCGGUGAAAGAAAACGUAUCUCUAUCAUUGAAACCUUUAUCGCUAAUGGUUCUGUGUACCUAUGGGACAACUCGACAAAAGGCUUAGAUUCUGCCACCGCGUUGGAAUUUCUUUCCAUCACGCAGAAGAUGGCGAAAGCCACAAGAUCGGUGAAUUUUGUCAAAAUUUCUCAAGCUAGUGACAAAAUUGUUAGCAAAUUUGACAAGAUCCUUAUGCUUAGUGAUUCAUUCCAGGUAUUUUAUGGAACCAUAGACGAAUGUUUGAGCCAUUUCCAUGAUACUUUGCAGAUAAAGAAAAACCCUAACGAUUGCAUUAUCGAAUAUUUAACAUCAAUCUUGAAUUUCAAAUUCAAGGAAACGAAAAAUUCCAUUAUCGGUCUUGAUACACCAUCUGUUGUCUCAGCAGAAAAUCGAGCGUUGAACAUUAAUAAUGAAACAGAUUUGCAUACACUAUGGGUUCAAUCUCCAUACUAUAAAAACUGGAAGACAAAAACUUCAAAAACAAUACAAGAAUGCACUAGAAAGGAUGUCAAUCCAGAUGACAUUUCUCCCAUUUUUAGCAUUCCAUUAGUAGCGCAACUAAAAACGUGUACUGUAAGAGCGUUUCAAAGAAUCAUUGGUGACAAAAAUUACUUGAUCUCUCAAUUGAUUUCUGUUAUAGUACAGUCCUUGGUGAUUGGGUCUCUUUUUUAUAAUAUUCCACUAACAACAAUUGGGUCAUUUUCAAGAGGAUCUUUAACUUUUUUUUCCAUCCUGUUCUUUACAUUCCUUUCUUUGGCUGACAUGCCUGCUUCCUUUCAGAGGCUUCCCGUUGUCCGUAAGCACGUCCAACUUCAUUUUUAUUAUAAUUGGGUGGAAACGUUAGCGACAAACUUUUUUGACUGCUGCUCUAAAUUUAUACUCGUGGUUGUUUUCACCAUCAUACUUUACUUUUUAGCUCACUUGCAAUACAAUGCCGCUAGGUUUUUCAUCUUUUUGCUAUUCCUUUCUGUCUACAACUUUUGCAUGGUGUCACUAUUUGCCUUGACCGCUUUGAUCGCUCCGACUUUAUCAAUGGCAAACCUUUUAGCCGGAAUUUUACUGCUAGCCAUUGCCAUGUAUGCGUCUUAUGUUAUUUACAUGAAAGAUAUGCACCCAUGGUUUAUCUGGAUUGCAUACUUGAAUCCUGCUAUGUUUGCAAUGGAAGCUAUACUAAGCAACGAAUUGUUCAACCUAAAGCUAGACUGUCACGAAAGCAUUAUUCCUAGAGGUGAAUAUUAUGACAACAUAUCAUUUAGUCAUAAAGCUUGUGCUUGGCAAGGUGCUACCCUAGGUAACAAUUACGUAAGAGGCCAUGAUUAUCUAAAAAGUGGGCUAAAGUACAGUUACAACCACGUAUGGAGAAAUUUCGGCAUUAUUAUCGGGUUUCUGUGUUUCUUUCUAUUCUGUUCUUUGCUAGCCGCCGAAUAUAUUACACCUCUCUUCACGAGAGAAAACUUGUUACGUUGGAAUUGCUAUCUUAAAAGAUAUUGUCCCUAUAUAAGUAGCAGGAAUAAAAAAGGAAAUUACAAUGCUAAAAAUACUGGAAUAAGAAUUCCUAAGUCCCCAGUAGCAAAUUUUUCCACUUCAUCCUCAUCUAUACCAUCCGUCUCUCAUCAGUACGACACUGAUUACAAUAUCAAGCAUCCUGAUGAUGAAAAUGUUAAUAACCACGCUAAGGAAUCCGUAGCUAUGGAAACACAUAAGCACGUCAUUUCUUGGAAAAAUAUCAAUUAUACCAUUGGAGACAAAAAAUUAAUUAGCGACGCUUCCGGUUAUAUAAGUUCUGGGUUAACUGCCUUAAUGGGCGAGUCUGGUGCUGGUAAAACGACUUUGUUAAAUGUUUUAUCUCAAAGAACUGAAAGUGGUGUUGUAACUGGUGAAUUAUUAAUCGAUGGCCGACCAUUAACAGAUAUUGAUGCUUUCAGAAGAAGUAUCGGGUUCGUUCAGCAGCAAGAUGUACACUUAGAGCUUUUAACUGUAAAAGAGUCUUUGGAAAUUUCCUGCGUUCUAAGAGGUGAUGGUGACAAAGAGUAUUUAGGGGUUGUUAGUAACCUAUUAAAAUUACCUUCGGGAAAACUUGUUACCGAUUUAUCUCCAACUCAAAGAAAAUUAUUAUCUAUCGGUGUUGAACUGGUUACUAAACCUUCUCUGUUAUUAUUUCUAGAUGAACCUACUUCAGGAUUAGAUGCUGAAGCAGCUUUGACUAUUGUUCAAUUCUUGAAAAAACUUUCAAUGCAAGGGCAGGCAAUAUUAUGUACUAUUCACCAACCUAGCAAAAGUGUUAUCAGCUAUUUUGACAACAUCUACUUACUAAAAAGAGGGGGUGAAUGUGUCUAUUUUGGUUCAUUAACAGAUGCCUGUGACUACUUUGUAGCUCACGAUGAAUGCUUAACUUUUGAUAAAGAAAUGGAUAAUCCAGCCGAUUUUAUUAUUGACGUUGUUGGUAGUGGGAGUACCAAUAUAGAAAUCGAUGAUGUAGAAAAGUCAACCUCCAGUAAAUUCGACGAGCAGACAUCCUGUCAAAGACAGGCAAGUUCUUCAACCAACUGGGCUGCACUUUGGGAAUCCUCUUAUGAGAAGGUGAGAAUUGCCGAUAAUUUAAGUUUAUUGGAAGAAGAAGCCAGAAACUCUGGUGUUGAUUUCACUACAUCCGUAUGGAGUCCACCCUCAUAUAUGGAACAGAUAAAAUUAAUUACCAGAAGACAAUAUAUUUGUACUAGAAGGGACAUGGCUUACGUUUUCGCCAAAUAUGCUCUAAAUGCUGGCGCUGGACUAUUCAUUGGGUUCUCCUUUUGGAGAACAAAGCAUAAUAUAAGCGGUUUGCAAGAUGCUAUUUUCUUAUGUUUCAUGAUGCUUUGUGUUUCCUCCCCUUUAAUCAAUCAGGUACAAGAUAAAGCUUUACAAUCUAAGGAAGUCUAUAUUGCUAGGGAGGCAAGAUCUAAUACUUAUCAUUGGACUGUCCUUUUGAUUGCUCAGACUAUUGUCGAAUUGCCAUUGGCAAUCUCUAGCUCCACGUUAUUUUUUCUGUGUUGCUACUUCUGUUGUGGUUUUGAAUCUUCUGCUCGAGUAGCUGGCGUCUUUUACUUGAAUUAUAUUUUGUUUGCCAUGUAUUAUUUAUCAUUUGGACUAUGGCUUCUAUAUUCUGCACCCGAUUUACAAACUGCUGCUGUCUUUGUUGCGUUCUUAUAUAGUUUUACAGCUUCCUUUUGUGGUGUCAUGCAGCCUUACUCGUUAUUUCCAAGAUUUUGGACAUUCAUGUACAGAGUCUCACCGUACACAUAUUUCAUUGAGACCUUCGUUAGCUUACUUCUUCAUGAUAGAAAAGUAAACUGCUUAACAAGUGAAAUGGUGCCAAGCCAACCUUUAACAGGUCAAAAUUGUGGUCAAUUUAUGAAGCCCUUUAUUGACGAGUUUGGUGGGAAACUAUACAUCAACAAUACAUUUACUGUCUGCGCGUAUUGCAUGUAUACUGUCGGGGAUGAUUUUCUGGCUCAAGAAAAUAUGAGUUAUCAUCAUAGAUGGAGAAAUUUUGGUUUGGAAUGGGUUUUCAUCUGCUUUAACCUUGCUGCCAUGUUUGUGGGCUUCUACUUAACCUACAUUAAAAAAAUCUGGCCUUCUGUGAUUAGCGGCAUCAAAAAGUGUAUUCCAUCCAUGAGAAAAUCCAAAAAUACAGAUAAAGCAAGUCUGUAG